AUGAAAACGUCAGAAAAUGAAUUGGGUGAUCACGGAUCCUCUACUGAGGUGUUUUCCGAUACAGUUCAUGCUAAGAAGGCCGAGCAUGAAUCCCCUGGGCCCUCAAAUGCCGCUUCUCAGCAUGAUUUGUCGCCUAAGGACUCCAAGUGUAAUAACCCACAGUACUUAGAAGCUGACAUCAAGGAUACAGAGGAGAAGGCGGAGGACCUGGACCUCUUACAAGCUAGUGACAUCCGUUCUCGCUAUGAUUCUAGGAAGCUCGACAGGAACCUCAACAUGCAAGAUCAAACGGGAAAGGAAUCGAGUGAGGUGUCAAACUUAUCUGCGGAUCUGACAAGCGAUCUCUGUGCUCAUGAUGCCUGCAAACGAUCCGAAACCCAUGAGCUGGACAAGCAUCUGCACACAGAAGCCUCGAAACCGAGUACCCCAAGUCAAGAAGCUUCAAAGGAUAUUAUAGGGCCUCAAACCUCCGCGCAAAUCGAUCCCACGCAAUCGUCUUCCUUAAAAGAUCCUCAAUUCCCUGAAACAUACCGAGUCUUAGCUUACGACCACUCUACCCUCCAAAUAACACAUGCAGAGGCGAGCACCUCUCUGCAUCGAAUGAACGAAUCACGCCAUCCUAGCGAAAUUCUCUCACAGUUAGACAACCCGGCAAAGUUCUUACCGUGCUUCGAGAGAAUGCACGCUGACGGCUACGAAAUUACAUCGGGUGGCGGGGAUAUACUGGUGUUCAGAAAAUUAUCUGGAAAGCCAGACUGUACUGGGUCUGCUCUUGGGCAACUGGCAAGUGAGGCACAAGAAAUAAAAGCACAACUGAGAAACGAGCCCCUGCUUAAAGAGGAGCCCAUCAAAGAGCCGAAAUCGGUCUCUGAACAACACCCAAGGUUUCGUACUAAAGAUGCCGGCUCUGCCGACUUGCCAGGGUCAUCUGCGUCGAAUGGAGGAUUCACACGGAGGGACAAAGCCAAUUCCUCUAAAAGCGAAUCCACAAUCGGCAGUGCUGCUCGCAGAAUGCUCAUCAGUGGUGCAGCAACGGCAGCAACGUGCUACGCUAUUGGUGUUGUGGUUGAAUACUUUCGCACCGGUGGCGAAGACGGAUUGGGCAUUGAUGCAUUUACCGAAUUUGAGUCUGAGAGGCGUCGGAGGGAUAAGGAACAGUCUGUCUAG